GUGUUUCCCCCCCCACAUGACCCCUCCCCCCCAUAAGUUUCUUUUGGGGUCAUUUCCCCCCCAGCCCCCCCCAAAAAUGGGGGGUCCCAGCGGGGGGAACCUUGAGGAGCUUCUGGUGACAUUGGAGCAGGACCUGGCCAAUCGGGGAGUCCCCACGCAGGACAAGGGGGUUUGUGGGGGUUGUCGGCGGCCAAUCGUGGGCAAGGCUCUGGUGGCUUUGGGGCGCCUCUGGCACCCCGAACAUUUGGUGUGCGGCCAUUGCGGGGGGGCCCUGGGGGGGUCCCCGUUUCUGGAGCGGGGGGGGGUCCCCUAUUGCCCCCCCGACUACGGACGCCUCUUUGCCCCCAAAUGCGCCCAGUGCCACCAGCCCGUGCUGCAGGAGGUGGUGACGGCGCUGGGACACACGUGGCACCCGCAGCACUUCUGCUGCGCCCACUGCGGGAAACCCCUGGGGGACCAGGGCUUCGUGGAGCAGGACGGCCGUCCCUUCUGUCCCCGCGACUUCUCGCUCCUGUUCUCCCCGCGCUGCCCGGGCUGCUCGGGUCCCGUUGUCACCGAGUUCGUGGCCGCCAUGGGGGGGCUGUGGCACCCGCGGUGCUUCGUCUGCCAGGCGUCACCAGCGCUGAGGGUUUGUGACCGCGCCCGCGGCAGGACACGCCGACCGGACCGCCCUGGAGCUCAGCAGGAGGCGCUGAAGAGGAACCCGGCGACGCGGGAAGACGGCCGUUGGCGCACGGGGCGUUUUCCUCUGCCGAAGAUGGGUUCGGUCCCUCGGCCCUCUGAAAGCUAAGUGGAGGCGCGAGGGCUGGGAAGGGGCCGGGAAUGGCAGGGACGGGGGGUUUAGCUCUGCUAAGGGCAAGGGCCGUCCAGGAACCGCGCCCUUGGCGCGGGUCAAGGGCCCGGGGACCUUUACCGUGCGAUGCCAGCGUGUGCCGGGCAGGGCAGCUCCAGCCUGCGUCUGCGUUGUGGUGUAGUUCGGGAAGCCUGCCUUGCGCCCGUCAGCCGAUCCUGGGGUCUCGUUGCGUUCGAGGGGCACGAAAGGCCUCUCGGGUGCCAUCCCGGCAUCUGGAACGCUGGUGCCGAUUGGGCGCCGGUUUUCUGGUGUCGGCAGCCAAAAGCGAGGUGGGUUCUUGCCUUUCGGCCGCUUCUGUUCAGGGGUGUUUGUGUCGUUGUCCCGGGCUGUGCCGGCAGCCGUGCUGUCUACCCACCCAGUCUAAGGGACUGGCACUUCUUCCCAGCAUCUUGAAGUUUUUAGCGUUUGCCGCAGCUUUUUGCGCUGGUGUUGCUCUCUCUGUUUGUUGUGGCGGUGCCAUUUCAUAAGGGACUGUGGAGUUCUGUUCCUUUUUAUUCUCGUGUUGCAGCAGAGGCUCCUUGCCUUCCCACUGCCUCCCUGCAGGUUGUUUUGAUCGAUGCCAUGUCUCUUCUUGGAGUCGUUCUUGUUGUUGAACAUUUUUGGUGCUGUUUCAGUCAUGUGGUCUAUCACGUUCUGUGGAGUCUUGGUGUGCACAUGUGCAUGUUGGGUGGGAGCUGUUGUGCCCAGAGUUGUAGAGUCGGGGUGGGUGGACUGAGCUCUAGGUGUCCACCGUUCACUUGUUGACAUAUUAAAUUGCGUAGGCAAAGUUUGUAUGAUCAUCUGGCACGGAGUUGCGAUGGGUAGGAGGGUGGACAUUCCCUGUACUGGUGUUUUACAGUUCAUACUCAAGACUGUUGUUAACUAAUGUUUUCUGUAGUGUGAUGUUUUUUCAGAGUAUUCUAACUUUUUUUUUUUUUUUUAGGUGACCACAUUGUUAAUAUGACUGUAAAUAGUAUCUACAGCUGCUCUAAUCAACUACCUGUCUGAGGUCAGUACAAAGGAUCCUCUGAGAAUCAAGAAGACCCCAGAGUCAGCUAUUGCUAUUGGACUGUAUUGUCACUUUUCCAUGUGACAGAUGGGACCUGAGACACCAAUGUGAUGUUUACCGAGUUCACUUUAUUGUCGGACUUUAUACAAAGCUGCUCUCUCCACGUGCCUUGCAACAAUGUGAUUGGUUGUAUCACAUGCUAUACAAUAACGUGAUAGGCUGCAUGCACUGUCCACGUGCUCUGCACACGUGUGUCUGGCGCUUGCUCAUUCACUGUUACCUUCUCAUGGGGCUCCUUUUGUUUCUCUUGUCUCUGGCUUCACCUCUCAGCCAGGCUGGCGACAACCCCAUCCCCCCGGGGCGGGGGGGGGACUCUGCCUCGCUAUCUCCCCCUCGUUAAUAUUUUAUUAAAUAAAAAAUACCCUGUAUUUCACACUGUCUUCAAAGCAUACAGAUUAAGAACAUUAAGGCUAAUAUGAUUACAAUUAACAAGAACAGUUCCAUUUUCAAUAUUCCUUUUAACCAGCAGGGUAUCCAACUCAGAAAACCCAACAUCUUCUGUUAUUUUAAUGUUCUGCAAAUCUUCUAUCUUAUGAAGAGUUUGGUUGUAUGUGUUGUUUGAACUUAAAAUAUAGCUGCGACCGUGGCCCAUAACACAAAAUCAAUCGCUGCUCUGUUUUACAAAGUGGUGUGACAAUCUUGAAGCACUGCCCCCCAUGCUUAGCAGAACUAAGACCUUGUUAUGCCUUAAACAUCUGGUUUUUGUUACGUGGGGAGGAAGAGAGAGAUGACACCUCAUCUUAUCUUUCCCAAAGUUUUAUGGCUAUGAAGGCAGACGCCUUGGAAGAUAAGGACAAUUGACAGUGUUGCCGUGAAAGGUUUCACGGCCUAAUUGGGAUGAUAGAGAUGAACCAUCUGUCGAACAGCCAACUACCAGAAGAGACCACGAACCAACAGCUACCCCUGACGGGCAAGACAUCUCGCUUCUGCUCAGUACCGUGAACUUCUCCUAGUUUGAAGACCCCAGAGGCGUUCCAGAAGAGUCUUCCUAAUUAGCAGGAAGAGCGAGAAGAGGGAGGAGAUGAACCGCCUUAUACUAUCUUGCAUGUAAAUGAACCGGCUUAUUAAACAACCUCACGUACGAUACAGGUCACCAGCAUGUAAAUCUUCAACGCGUCCCCCACUCCAGAGGUCGUCACAGGACCGACGUGCCUGUGGAGUGGUGAUGUCUUACUCUUUGUCUCUCUCUCUCUGCCUUUCUUUUUCUGGUAUCUUAGUUUUCCUCUUCUCUCUCUCUCUUCCUUUUCCUUACAAUGGUAUUUAUAUGUUUAAGUUCUGCUGCUAAAGUCUUGUUAAGUUUCGCAUUACAGUUACUAAUUGUUGCCAAUCCACUGCUUUUAGAAGGGUUUUUGCUGACAAUGUAUUGAUAAGUUUUGUGCUAUUGUAACAUACUUUUGCCAAGUCACUGAUUGCUGUAAUUUGUAUACCACCACGCGCUUCUAGUAAAUUCAUAAUUGGACCCCC